ACAUGUAAGUGCGACAGUGAGAGCCACACUCUCAUGCAAGUGAGAUGGCGUUUGCGUGUUUAGCUACCAAAUGUAAAGAGCGCGCGAGAGAGAAUUGAAAAUUGAGAGAGAAAGAGAGAGAGAGAGCGCUCUGCGGCUGUAGCUGUGGCUGUCAACGCGCGACAAUUUGUAAACGGACAGUCAGAAUGCUGUGGUAGUGGUAGCUGAUUUUUCGAUACACAGAAUGAGGAGUUACAGAAUCUUUGGCGGCUAAAUGAAAUGCGUAUUGGGCAGUUACUGUCUUCUGGUGUUGAUAGUGUGUUCCAUGCUAACAUAACCUCAAACUUGCCGCUGCAGUCGGGGAAGUCGUCGUCAUCAGCGUCAGCGUUGUUGGUGGAUAUUCCACAGCUACAGGCAGAGUUCUUGAUUCGAUAAGCAUCGCCAGCGCAACGAGGACGCAAUGAAUGAGAAAAUCAAAUCGCCCUCAACCCAGGCGAGUGGUGGCGCAGCUGGUGGAAAUGUGACCCCAGCGGUGGCAGCCAGCACAGGUGGUGCCACACCGCCCACAUCGGGUCCGCCCACACCGAACAACGGCAACGAUCCUAUUAUACAACAAAGUGGCAGUGUACCACAUCCCUAUGGCGGCCCGCCUCCUGGUGCCGUGCCCGGCGUAGCUCCCGACUCGGCUGCAGCUAUGUCGCACUAUCAUCACUUACAUCAGCAACAACAGCAGCAACAGCAACAACAACAACAACAGCAGCCACAGGGUCCACCGCUACCACCACACAUGCAACACCAUGGUGGACCACCACCACCACAGGGACCACUACCGCUGCCGCUAGAGCAUACUCCCGGUGUGAAGGAUGAAUACGGCUCGGCACAUUUGCCGCCGCCACCUGGCGUCCAACACCCGCAUGCUCAUCCUGCUUAUGCGCGCUACCACUCGGCUGAUCCUAAUGUGGAUCCCUACCGCUACGGUCAUGCGCCGCCGCAGCAGCCACCGCCAGGCAGCAAGCCGCCUCACCAGCAGCAGCAGCAGUCGCAGGGUGGCACAGGGGGCUCGCCGAACCGACCUCCGCAACAGCGCUACAUACCCGGACAGCCUCCGCAGGGUCCAACACCAACACUGAACUCAUUGCUGCAAUCGUCGAAUCCUCCCCCACCACCCCAGCAUCGCUAUGCAAACAACUAUGAGACACAGCAAGCCAACGCGGCUGCAGCCGCUGCCGCUGCCGCAGCACAGCAGCAGCAUCAGCAGAACGCGCAACAGCCGGGCGGACCGCCGCCCCCGUUACCGGGCCAUGGACCGCCGCCGCCACAGCACCAGCAAUACGGAGCGCAGCAGGGCGGCUGGGCACCGCCCCCAAGACCCUACAGUCCACAGUUGGGCCCAUCGCAGCAGUAUAGGACACCUCCCCCGACAAAUACUUCCCGGGGUCAAUCACCAUAUCCGCCAGCUCACAGUCAAAACUCAGGUUCCUAUCCAAGUUCGCCACAACAACAACAGCAGCAGCAGCAACAGGCCCAACAGCAACAACAACAACAGGCCGCACAACAGCCUGGCGGUGUUGGCGCCCCGGGAGCGCCAGUGCCCCCUUCCGGUCCUGCACCGCAACAGCAGCAACAGAAUGCACCGCCCACUUCUCAAUAUUCGCCGUACCCACAAAGGUAUCCAACACCACCAGGCUUACCGACAUCUGGGCCCAACCAUCGAACUGCCUACACAACGCACCAGUAUCCGGAACCAAAUCGGCCGUGGCCUGGUGGCUCAUCGCCCAGUCCUGGUCCCGGUCAUCCAUUGCCGCCUGCCUCGCCGCACCAUGCCCCGCUGCAACAGCCGCCAACGCCACAUAGCGCUGGUGGUGGCCCGCCACCCAGUAGCAGUCCUGGCCAUGCUCCCAGUCCAUCGCCGCAGCCCUCGCAAGCAUCGCCAUCGCCGCACCAGGAGCUGAUCGGGCAAAAUAGCAACGAUAGUUCAAGUGGUGGAGCACACAGCGGCAUGGGCUCAGGCCCACCCGGUACACCUAACCCACAGCAAGUAAUGAGGCCAACACCUUCGCCUACAGGCUCGUCGGGCUCAAGAUCCAUGUCUCCUGCAGUGGCACAAAAUCAUCCAAUAUCGCGUCCGGCGAGUAAUCAGUCAAGUAGUGGCGGUCCAAUGCAGCAACCGACCGUGGUUGCUGGCCCACCACCAAUGCCACCACACGGUCUACCAGGUGGGCCACCAUCUCAGCAACAAUCUCAGCAGCAGCAGGCUUCAAAUUCMGCAUCAUCAGCGAGUAAUUCGCCGCAGCAGACGCCACCACCUGCACCGGCGCCAAACCAAAAUGUUAACAAUAUGGCUACACCACCACCWCCGCCGCAAGGAGCUGCCGGUGGCUAUCCACUCCCGCAACAUAUACAUGGCGGUUACAAAAUGAGCUUACCAGGUCAAAGCCCCGGUGCUCAAGGAUAUCCUCCACAGCAGUAUCCUCAAGGUAACUACCCCCCACGUCCCCAGUAUCCGUCGGGAGCGUAUGGAGCUGGACCACAACCGCCACCAAAUAGCCAGUCCGCUGGGGGCGCUAACAGCAUGCCAUCCGGCGCACAAGCUGGUUACCCUCGGUCAAUGCCAAACCACGGCAGUGGCAGCCCCCAUCAGCAGUAUCCUCCGUAUCAGUGGGUACCUCCGUCACCACAGCAGUCUGGCCCUGGCAGUGGAUCAGUACAAAUUUCCGCUGGCAUGGGCAAUCACGUACAGGGCAAGGGCACACCACCACCAGUUGGACCACCACCGCCACAGGGCAGUGGCUCUCCGCGUCCUCUUAACUAUCUUAAGCAGCAUUUACAACACAAAGGUGGAUAUGGCGGUAGUCCAGCGGGACCCCAACCACAGGGCUAUGGAAAUGGACCCACUGGCAUGCAUCCGUCAAUGCCCAUGGGUCCUCCACAUCAUAUGGGUCCGCCGCAAAGUAUGGGGCCACCUACCAGUACACCGCCGCAGUCUAUGAUGGGCGCACAGAGUGGCAGCGACACCGAACAUAUAUCCCAAGACAAUGGCAUUAGUUCAUCUGCUUCGUCCCCAGCCGCAGGCUUGCAUGCCGUCACUGCAGUAGUUACAACUGGACCGGAUGGCACACCAAUGGAUGAAGUCAGUCAACAGAGCACGCUCUCAAAUGCGUCUGCAGCAUCGGGUGAAGAUCCACAGUGUACCACGCCAAAGUCGCGCAAACAUGAUCCAUAUAGCCAAAGCCAUUUAGCUCCACCCAGCCCAUCGCCACAUCCAGUUGUAAUGCAUGGAGGUGGCGGACCGACAGGCGAAGAGUACGAAAUGAACUCGCCUCCAAACUGGCCCCGUCCAGCCGCAGGCUCACAGGUUUUCAACAGUCAUGUUCCUGUUCAACAAGAACCUUUUCGUAGUACUAUAACGACAACUAAGAAAUCCGAUUCACUUUGCAAGCUCUAUGAAAUGGAUGACAAUCCGGAUAGGCGCGGUUGGCUAGACAAAUUACGUGCUUUCAUGGAGGAUCGCCGUACACCAAUAACGGCAUGCCCCACCAUCUCAAAACAGCCACUUGAUUUAUAUAGGUUAUAUAUUUAUGUAAAAGAACGUGGCGGAUUCGUCGAGGUAUGCAAGGUGACCAAGAGCAAGACCUGGAAGGAUAUUGCCGGUCUGCUCGGAAUCGGCGCCAGCAGUAGCGCUGCAUACACACUGCGUAAGCACUACACAAAGAAUCUGUUGGCAUUCGAGUGUCACUUUGAUCGUGGCGACAUUGAUCCAUUACCCAUUAUACAACAAGUGGAGGCUGGUAGCAAGAAAAAGACAACAAAGGCAGCAUCGGUACCAUCACCAGGCGGUGGUCAUUUGGACGCUGGAACAACAAAUUCGACAGGGUCAUCGAACUCGCAGGAUUCCUUCCCUGCACCACCUGGCGGUGCACCAAACGCGGCUUUAGACGGCUACACAGGUUACUCUGGGGCUGGUGCGUAUCCACCAUCUGCCGGCCCGCAGCCGGAUUAUGCAGCAGCGGGUCAGAUGCCAAGGCCGCCGUCACAGAGCAAUCCACAGGCGCCUCAUCCUGGCACUCAAAAUCAAUCAGCUGCCACUGUUGCCGGUGAUAACAUAAAUGUGAGCAAUCCCUUUGAGGAUCCAAUUGCUGGCGGUGGGGCCGCUGGUGGUGUUGCUGCUGCUGCUGCAGUUGGUGGUGCUGCCUCACAUGGUGCUCCCCCACCACCCCCACAUUCACCGCACACAGCGCCACAAUCGGGCAACCAACAACACCACCAACAAGGCAUUCCAACACAAUUGCCAUCGCCGUCGCAGCAACCACCGGCGCCACCACCACAGCAACAUGGGCCGCCGUCGACGCAGCAUGCGCGCCCUGGAACUGGAGUACCUUAUCCACAGGGUAGCUCUGGGUAUCCAACGCCUGUGUCUAGAACGCCAGGUUCCCCCUAUCCAACCCCCCCUGGUGCUUACGGGCAGUACGGCUCGAGCGAUCAGUACAGCUCGGCUGGCCCGCCGGGCCAGCCUUUCGGACCAAAUCAGGGCCAAUAUCCGCCUCAGAGUCGCAAUAUGUACCCUCCCUACGGACCCGAGGGGGAAGCCCCUCCAGCUGGUGCUAAUCAGUACGGUCCCUAUGGCAAUCGUCCCUACAGUCAAGCACCACCCGGUGGACCACAGCCACCGGCACAAGCGGUUGCGGGUGGUCCUCCGACUAGCGGCGCUCCGGUAGCCCCACCAAACAGCGGAUAUGUACCAAGCACUCCGAAUCAACAGGAUUACUAUAGGCCGCCGGAUCAAAGUCCUCAGCCACGGCGACAUCCGGACUUUAUUAAAGACUCUCAGCCUUACCCUGGCUAUGCUACGCGGCCUCAAAUUUAUGGUGGUUGGCAAGGCAACAAUCCGCAGUAUCGUCCUCAAUAUCCCACAUCGACUGCACCACAGUCGUGGGGCAAUGCACCACCUCGGGGUGCUGCUCCUCCUGGAGGCCCACACGGUCCGCAUGGGCAGCAGCAAGCUGGGGUAGCUCAGUGGGAACAACAUCGUUAUCCACCCCAACAGCCACCACCUCCGCCGCAACAACAGCCGCCUUACCAGCAAAGUACGCCGCCCGGACAGCAACAACAGGCGGCACCACAAUGGGCGCAAAUAAAUGCGGCUCAGGCGCCACCACAAUCAAGUAUUUCGCAGCCGUCGCUGCGUCCACCAGCUGGAGUUGGGCAGCAACAGCGUAUGCCCAGCGGAGUGCCUGUAAUGCCGCCACAGCAGCAGCAAGGACAAACAGUGCCACAGCCACCGCAUGGCGGGGUACCAGCAUCCAGUAUGCCGUCUGUGCCCGGCAUGGUGAAACCGCCUUACGCUAUGCCACCACCCUCACAGUCUGGUAGUGGCUCACCAGGUGUGCCUAUGGUUGGCAGUGCUCCGGUUACUAUGAUCGCGCAAAAGCCGUCGCCCAUAGUUGGACAAGGAAUGCAGCCCACACAGCAGCAGCCGCCACAUCAGCUGACCAAUCAACAGCCUGUCUAUGCCCCGCAAGGGACUGGCCCAGGAGCACAGAUUGUCAAGAAAGAACUAAUCUUUCCACAUGAUAGUGUAGAAUCGACUACGCCUGUACUGUACCGCCGGAAGCGCCUGACCAAGCUUGACGUGUGCCCUGUCGAUCCCUGGCGAAUUUUUAUGGCCAUGCGCUCGGGCUUACUUGCUGAGUGCACAUGGGCAUUAGAUGUGCUUAAUGUUCUUUUAUUCGACGAUUCGACAGUACAAUUCUUUGGCAUAUCAAAUUUGCCGGGCCUGCUAACGCUGUUGCUGGAGCACUUCCAAAAAAAUCUAGCGGAAAUGUUCGAUGAACGCUGUGACGAGGCAGCAGAUGAGGCGGCAGAUGAUGACGCUGAUAGCGGAACUGUAUCAUUGAAAGCUGAGGACAAGCUGCAGCGGAAGCAACCGCGUUCAGUGCACAGCAUUUCUAGCUACAACCGCAGAAGGCACUACGAGAAUAUGGAUGUGAAGCGUGUUGCCCACAGCGAAGACUCGGAUGAUGCUGACGAGGGCAUUGACUUGGGUCAGAUACGUGUUCAGCCCAAUCCCGAAGAGCGAACACUUCUCCUUUCGUUUACACCUAACUACACCAUGGUCACACGGAAGGGUGUGCCCGUUCGCAUUCAGACCGCUGAUAACGAUAUUUUUGUGGACGAGCGUCAAAAGGCUUGGGAUAUUGACACGAAUAGGUUGUAUGAACACCUGGAACCAGUGGGCAGUAAUGCUUGGACCUAUGGCUUCACGGAACCCGACCCACUUGAUGGCAUCAUUGAUGUGUUUAAGUCAGAGAUUGUUAACAUUCCAUUUGCGCGAUACAUACGCUCUAAGCACAAGAGCAAACAGGAAGCCGCAGAGAAAAGCAAUAUUAGCCCAAAACACGAAGAUAUUUCCCCUGUGCUUAAGCAAGAGGACACCACAAGUAGUACCGAGGACAGUAGUUUACUUCAACAGACUUACAAUAAGAAGCGGCGCCUUGUGGGUAGUAUCGGUGCAGCUAGUAGCGACAAGAAGUCCAAAAUGGGGGAGGAGUUUGCGCAGCCAGCUGUGGAGCCGAAGAAGGAGCUAGACAACGAAACCGUGGGAGCCAAUACAACCGACAGUGAUUGUCGAACCAUUGAUAUGGAAAUCGAAUCUCCGCAACAACAACGUCUUACCAAUGGAGUUGCCUCAAUGCCCAAGAGAUUUGAUCCCAAGUCCACGGUGCGAGAUGAUGCGCAUGUCCUGCAGCGACGCCGCGACUCUAGCUACGAGGAUGAAUGCUACACGCGGGACGAAGCCUCUUUGUACUUAGUGAAUGAAAGUCAGGACUCAUUGGCGCGCCGCUGCAUUGCGCUCUCCAAUAUUUUUCGAAAUUUGACUUUUGUGCCUGGGAACGAAACGGUGUUGGCUAAGUCGUCGCGAUUCUUAGCAGUGCUCGGUCGAUUGCUAUUGUUGAACCACGACCACCUGCGGCGGACUCCCAAGACGCGCAACUACGACAGGGAGGAGGAUACAGACUUUACCGACUCCUGCAGCUCGCUGCAGGGAGAGCGCGAAUGGUGGUGGGAGUAUCUAAUAACCAUACGAGAAAAUAUGCUCGUGGCAAUGGCAAACAUAGCCGGACAUCUGGAGCUCUCCCGCUAUGAUGAGCUAAUUGCACGCCCGCUAAUCGAUGGAUUGCUGCACUGGGCCGUGUGCCCCAGUGCGCAUGGUCAGGACCCGUUCCCCUCGUGCGGCCCGAACUCUGCGUUAUCCCCGCAACGCCUCGCCCUGGAAGCGCUGUGCAAAUUAUGUGUCACGGAUGCAAAUGUUGAUUUGGUGAUUGCGACACCACCGUUUUCACGGCUGGAAAAACUGUGCGCGGUGCUUACGCGUCAUCUGUGUCGGAACGAGGAUCAGGUGUUGCGCGAGUUCUCAGUCAACUUGCUGCAUUACCUGGCUGCAGCGGACAGUGCGAUGGCGCGUACUGUGGCCCUGCAAUCCCCGUGCAUCUCGUAUCUCGUUGCAUUUAUCGAACAGGCGGAACAGACUGCGUUGGGUGUGGCCAACCAGCAUGGAAUUAACUAUCUCCGGGAGAAUCCCGACUCAAUGGGAACCAGCCUGGAUAUGUUGCGAAGGGCAGCUGGGACGCUGCUCCAUUUGGCCAAGCAUCCCGAUAAUCGUUCGCUAUUCAUGCAGCAGGAGCAAAGACUGCUUGGAUUGGUCAUGUCGCAUAUAUUGGAUCAGCAAGUGGCAUUGAUCAUAUCUCGGGUGCUAUACCAAGUAUCGCGCGGAACCGGACCACUGCAUUCGGUGGAGUACAGAUUGUUGCAGCAGCGACAGCAGCAACAGCAACAACAGCGGCUAAACCAGACGCCGUCUGAAAAGCAAAGUACCCCAGCAACGCUGAAUGUAAAGCCCGAGCCCUGCUCCCAGCCAGAGCCGUCUGCGGCUGAUGCCAAGCCUGCCGCUGCUGUGGCCACGACAGCUGCAAUCAACGACGAUAGCAACAGCAGCCAGCAACUGCCGCCAGCGGCAACAUUCAAUGAUGUCAGCAACAGCAGCACCAACAGCAACAGCUGCGGCACCGUCAGCAGCAAUCAGACCAACAGCAGCAGCCUGGGCAGCAGUAGUCAGCCCACUCUGAACAACUUAGUGACAGCUAGCGAGCAACAGGUCGGCAAAUCGGCCUCAGCUGCGUCUUCCGCUGUGUCAUCCAACAAUUUAGGUCACAUCAACGACGCUGCCGCGGCAGCGUCAAAUGCAACACCUCCGCCGUCAGUGGCACAACCGACUGCACCGCCGCCAGCGAACACGAACACAACAGCUGCUGUUGCGUAGUAUACAACGAUGAUGCCGGCAAAGACUUACUCCUCUUGGAGUCGUGGCGAUGGUGUAGUCGAAGAAGUUUACAAAACUAAU